AUGAGUUCAUCCUCAACUGCCCCCUUCAACGUCGCUAUCGUCGGCGGUGGAAUCGCCGGCGUGACAGUCGCCCUUGGUCUCCUCUCAAGGGGAAUCCCCGUCAAACUUUACGAACGAGCUGAAUGCUUUCACGAGAUCGGUGCCGGAAUCGGCAUGUCUCCGAAUGCCGAGCGAGCCAUGCUGAGCUUGGACCCGCGCAUCCAUACGGUCUUCCGUAGACUCGCUACCCCGAACACGGAGGACUGGUUUCAAUACGUCGAUGGGUUCAAUAACUCGCAGAAUGGCGACGGAGAGGAAUUACUGUUCAAAAUUUAUCUAGGAAAUCGAGGGUUUGAGGGUUGUCGACGGUCCGACUUCCUUGCCGGGCUCGCUGAAAUGAUCACCGAGGAUUGCAUAGAGUUCAAAAAGGAGAUUAUCGCUGUAACGGAAGGAGGUGAUGGCGGAAUUGAGAAUGAAAAAACCAUUCUGCACUUUAGUGACGACACAGUAGCAGAAGCUAAUAUCGUGCUGGGCUGCGAUGGCUUGCGCUCAAAAGUCCGCCAGCUUAUACUCGGAGUUAACAAUCCUGCCUCUCAGCCAUCCUACAGUCACAAGUUUGCUUUUCGUGGGCUUAUUCCGAUGCAGCGGGCAAGAGAAGUUCUUGGUGAAGAUAAAUCAUCCACGCGAUAUAUGCACCUGGGCCAGAAUGGCCAUGUACUCACGUUUCCCGUUGCCAUGGGCACGAUCCUCAAUGUUGUGGCAUUUGUCACCGAUCCGGGGGAAUGGCCGAGCAAGGACCGAUUCACUCUACCAGCCACCAAGGAUGAAGCACUUUGUUACUUUUCCGGGUUUGGUCCUGUCGUGACUGCGAUCAUGGAGAUGCUGGAUGACAGGCUGGAUAAGUGGGGGAUAUUCGACCUAUUUGAUAACCCGGUGACUUCAUAUGUCUCUGAAAAAGGGUUCAUCGGUCUCAUCGGUGAUGCCGCUCAUGCCUCAGCUCCCCAUCAUGGUGCCGGCGCCGGGUGUGCCAUCGAAGAUGCCCUGGCAAUAGCAGUCGCAUUAGAGGAUGCUGCAGCAAUACUGCAAAAGUCAUCUGAUGCUGUUGCUCGGAAAAACUUGGUAUUGAAAGCUGCCCUCUCUACCUACCAGGAUAUACGCCAUGAACGUACCCAAUGGGUUGUCCAGAGCAGUCGGUUCAUUGGUGAGAUGUAUGAGUGGCAGGUACCAGAGAUAGGUAGUGAUACUGUUAAAGGCCUUGCUGAGGCCGAGUCACGAUGUCGCCAAAUUUGGGAUUAUGAUAUUGAUGGGCUGAUUCAAAAGACAAAGAAAUUAUUUUCAACGAGAGUUAGUGGAAGGGAUAGUUGUAGCAUAGUCACAGCGGUGGGGCAGUGA